AUGAAUCGUUUUCCUCCGGCCUCGGGAGAGCGGAUCCUCCGGGACGGGAAGCGCAGGAAGACGAGCGACCUCAUCAUCGCCCUCCUCGCUCCCUUGGGCCCGGCAGGCAUCUGCGGCGUCCUCAGACUCACCGCCGACCGAGAGGGGCAAAAGGGGCAAGAGGGGCGAGAGGGGCGAGAGGGGCUCUUUGGGAAAGCCGGGGGGAAGCUGAAGAAGUUCGGAGACGAGAUGAGAAAAGACCUACGAAGACGGGGGAGAGAGGACGAGAUCGAACGAUGCGAGCGAGGAAGCGACGGCACGUCGGACGAGGAGCUCGCGGCACGACUGGGGGAAGUCGACUUCGAAGCGGAACGGAGACCGGGAGGAGACGAUCGUAAACGGCGUAGAGGUCCCGGAAGAGAUCGACAUCACCGAAGAGACGGGUUGCCCUUUCGAAUCCCUCCACUAGCAGAGAGCGAAACGCCUCCACCGCAAGAACGCCCUUCCACUCGACCGACGAACCGACCGAGCGAUCGACCUGGAGGCGAAGGGAGACCGGAGGAAGGAUUUCUGCCCCCGUUCGAAGAGGAAUUCCCACAAGAACGUCCUUCCACUCGACCCAGCAAUCAGCCGUCUAACCAACCUGAAGGCGAAGGGAGACCGGAGAAAGGAUUUCUGCCUCCGUUCGAAGAGGAAUUCUCACAAGAACGUCCUUCCGAUCGACCAAGUAAUCGACCAAGCAAUCGACCAAGCAAUCGACCAAGCAAUCUACCAAGCAAUCGACCAAGCAAUCGACCAAGCAAUCUACCAAGCAAUCGGCCGUGGAAUGAACCCGGGGGCGCGAGGAGACCAGACGAAAGCUUCCAGCCCCCCUUCGAAGGAGAAUUUCCAGAAGAACGCCCGCUCAAUCGACCGCCAGUGGUGACGCUGACAAACCCGUUCGAGGAACCGAGUCCAGUUUAG